AUGGAAACUCUUCUAAAGUUCAGAUGUACUAUUUCUUUAGUCACCGGACCACAAACUAUCCUAGUAGACACCGGGGGCCCGUGGGACCGAGACUUUCUCGUCGCAUUUCAAGCUCAAAUAGUUGCAACUCUUGCGUCAACAAAAACGUUUUGCACGGUUUUGUCGGGGCUCAACGCAGCCCUGGUGAAGGGAACAUCGGAGGGGACAGUCCUUGUUGCUGGAGACUUGUUUGAACGUUGCCAUGAUGAAGAUUCAUGGAAGGAGCUGAACGAGAAUCCAAAAAUACAGGAGACCAACAGACAGAUGGCGCUGCAGAUUGCUGAUGUGGACAUCCCUGGACAUGGGCCCAUUAUUCAGAGUGUUUACAUGGACAUCAGUAAUCUAAUUAUUUACCUUAUUUUUAUUUAUUUUAUUGAAUCACUCAAAUGUGAUUCAAUAAAAUAGCUGUGGGGGUGAACACAAAGAAAAAGAAAUACAAAAUCAAA